GUUGAUUUCGAAGACGGAGAUAUGCGGAAUCCAGUCAACUUCUCUCCCACAAGGAAGUGGGCAAUCACGAUAAAUGCUUGUGUCUUUACGAGCAUUGUGGCUGCCGCCGUAUCUUCGUAUACCAUGGGUUAUUCGUCCAUGAUCAGAGACCUCAAUUGCACAUUAUUUCAAGCAACUCUGGGAUUUAGCGUGUACACCAUAGGAUUUGCAGUCGUGCCCUUGGUCACUUCGUCGUUCAGCGAGGAAUUCGGCCGCUUUCCUUUUUACAUCGUCUCGUCUUUUAUGUUUGUACUGAUUGAAAUGAUGAUAGCUUUGGCACCGAAUAUACAAACCGUCAUUGUAGCUCGUGCUGUUGGAGGGUGCUUUGGCUCGACGGGCGCAGCGCUCGUGGCUGGGAGUAUCGCAGAUAUAUGGUUGCCUCAUCAACGGGGAUUCCCUAUGUCCCUCUUUGCCUUAGCGGUCAUUGCAUCUUCCGGAUUGGGCCCGAUGGUUGCAGGCUGGAUCGAAGCUAAUCCAUCCCUGCAAUGGCGGUGGAUACAUUGGAUCCAUGCUAUCGUCAGCGGGGUGUGUUCUAUCCCCAUGCUUUUUGUUCUGACAGAGACUCGCUCGACUGUCAUUCUGGCUCGUAUAGCCCGUCAAGUUCGAAAGGACACCGGAGAUAGCCGAUAUCGUGCAAGGUCAGAAAUAGACAAGCCUUGCUUUAUGUCUAUGGUUGCGACUUCAUGCACUCGCCCAUUAAUUCUCUUAUUCACUGAGCCCAUUGUUCAGGGCUUUAGUCUCUGGAUUAGUUUUGUAUGGGGAGUUCUCUUUUUUUUACUCGAUUCAGUAUCGAGCGAAUUCAAAAACAUCUACGGAUUUGGUGUCGGAGAGACUGGGAGCGUUUUCGCCACCAUAGCCAUCGGAAGUCUUCUAGGUUACUUGGCUAAUAUCUAUGGGGAAAGGCUAUACAAAAAACAUGUCCACCGCAAAGGCCCAGAAGCUCGUCUUUACAUAGCUUGCGUAGCAUCCAUGUUCUUUCCCAUCGGAAUGCUCAUCUUUGCAUGGACCGCCCGAGCGGAUAUACCAUGGAUAGUUCCCAUGAUUGGCCUUACGCUUUUCAUGACCUCCGCUUUUAUCCUGUAUCAAGUCGUAUUCAUAUACUUGGCAGAUUGCUAUGGGCCCUAUGCGUCUUCAGCACUGGCAGGCCAGAGCCUAUGUCGAAACACGCUUGCUACUGUCUUCCCGCUCUACACGAGUCGAAUGAAUGACCUCCUGACAUACAAAUGGGCAGGUACAGUCUUUGCGCUAAUAGCGGCCAUCAUGAUUCCUAUACCAUAUAUUUUUUUCUUUUAUGGGUCGAGAAUGCGAAAGUGCAGCCCUGUCUCCCGGAAGAUCCUAGAGAUCGAAGUUGAACAAAAGAACCCUGACUCGGAAAAGUCGUAAGAAUAUUUAUUCGCUCGUUGCUCGUCAUUAAGUUAUAGAGAUAUGGCGGGAAUGCUUGCCGUAGUUAUUUUAUGACACGUUGAUCGCACGAAGAUUCUCGUAGCAAUCAAUUGACAUCUAUCUAUCUCUCUACAUAUUGUAAGAACGGAGCGAUUUCCAAUUAACGUUGACGCCAUGUGCGCGCGCCACUUCUGGAGGGUCACACAGACUGGGUCAACGCCAUCACCUUGUUUCAGAACGACCGCCUCCUCAAGUUGUGAGUGCAUCAUCGGACAACACAGUGCGUCUAUGGAAUCUCGACACCAACCUCCCAGUCGGUCCACCCCUCCAACACCAAGAUGAAGUAAUCCGCGCAGCCCUUUCGGCUAAUGGAAAAUUGCUGGUCACUGGUUGCAAAGACGGAAAUGUGUGUACAUGGGACAUUCACGCCAUACUCAAAGGUGCUGGCUUUGAGGACCUACUAUCCAUUCCUCGUGUGAGCUCAGGUGCCUCGUGCUCU